AUGCGGGGUUUGCUCUCAGCGAUACUGUCGCUCACCCUCCUGGUUCUCAAAGCCCAGUCUCGAGCAGUUUUUGCCCAUUUUAUGGUCUCCAACACCCUAGGCUACUCUGUCGAUGACUGGGAGAAUGAGAUGUCUCUGGCUUUAACCGCGAAGAUCGACGCCUUCGCCUUAAACAUCGCCGUGGGAGACGCCACGAACACGGGUUCUUUGGGCAAUGCGUUCCUAGCCGCAGAGAACAUCGGGUUCUCGCUCUUUUUCUCAUUCGACUACGCAGGCAAUGGGCCGUGGGCGAAGGCCGAUGUGCUCAGUAUGCUACAGAGCUACACGUCGAACACCGCCUAUUGGCAACAUAAUUCGAAGCCCUUUGUGUCCACAUUUGAGGGCCCCGACAACGCAGACGACUGGGUUGAUAUCAAAGAACAGACCGGAUGUUUUUUUAUGCCCGACUGGUCCUCUGUCGGAGCGGAUGUUGCUGUGACUCUCGGUGGUGGAGUCGCGGAUGGUCUGUUCAGCUGGGCAGCAUGGCCAUACGGCCCCAAUGAUAUGAAUACCUACGUGGAUGCCUCCUACAUCGACUUUCUAGACGGCAAGCCAUAUAUGAUGCCCGUUUCCCCGUGGUUCUUCACAAACAUGCCCGGCUAUGACAAGAAUUGGCUCUGGCGCGGGGAUGAUCUCUGGUACGACCGCUGGGUUCAGGCUAUGUACUUGGCGCCAGAAUUCAUUGAGAUCAUUACCUGGAACGACUUUGGCGAGUCUCAUUAUAUUGGCCCGAUCCAGGAUAGCGACUCCUCUUUAGCGGAAGCGACCUAUACCGCGUUUGGUACGGGUCUAUCCCCGUACAACUACGCCCUGGACAUGCCCCAUGACGGUUGGCGAGCGUUUCUCCCUUGGCUUAUUGAUACGUAUAAGAACAAUAUCUCCACAAUUACACAGGAAGGAGUUCAGGCGUGGUACCGAUUGAAUGUUCGUGGGAGCUGCGCGUCGGAUGGCGGGACAACCGGAAACACCGUGAGCCAGCUACAGCUUGAGUACUGGCCAUAUGAGAUUCCUCAAGACCGGAUCUUCUUCUCUGCCCUGCUGGGAUCUGCAGCAGACAUCUCCGUAACAGUCGGGGGCACUGAUCUAGGGGCAAUGUGGAACAGUACCCCGAGUGGAGGCGCAGGCAUGUACCAUGGAAGUGUGGAAUUCUCGGUGCAGUCGGGGAGCGUUGCAGUGGCAAUUACUCGAGAUGGUGCUACCAUUGCAAGCUUUACAGGUCAAGACAUUGUCACCGGUUGCGCUGCGUCAAGCGGGAUAGAGAAUUGGAACGCCUGGGUAGGCUUAGGCAUGUCGUCUACCACAGUAUCAGCUACUCCGACCUACUCUCUCGCCGACCAGGUCUGCAUCCAGGGCUGGGGGGUGGGCAACUUCGAGGGCCUAUGCUCCUUUGCUUGUAAGCUUGGAUACUGCCCCGUCGGGGCCUGCCUCUGCCAAGAGAUGGGCCCCCAGGCCCAGAUGCCCAAGAGUUUGGGAGUGAUCGGCUAUCCCGCUGCUGGAAUGACAUCCGACUAUAUGGGUCUCUGUGCCUUCUCCUGCAACUACGGGUACUGUCCUCCAUCCGCCUGCACCACUACUAAGGUCCCCCUUGUCACAUCGACCGUGUCGCCCUUCACCCCCGCUACAUGCACUGCAGGUGAAGGAACGGGCGACUUGGCAGGUCUGUGUAGCUUUGGCUGUAAUUAUGGGUUCUGCCCCAUUCACAACUGCACCUGCACUGCCACCGGUCCACUGGUCGUGCCGCCCGCCGCGAACACGAGCAUCACCGGCUACACCAUGGACCUCUACGCAGACAGCGGCCUAUGCAACUUUGCCUGCGAGCGGGACUACUGCCCAUCCCCCGUCUGUCUCGAGGACGAUGGGGGCGAUGGAGACGAUUUGGUUUGCACCGAUGAUGAUCCGGACUCUGAUUGCGACGAGGGCGACGCCGUCAGCUGCGAUUACACCCUCUCGUUCGAUACUUUCGCAAGCCUCACAGCCUCCUUGGGCUCUCUGGAGGACUUUUGCGUCAACUAUUAUGUACUGGGAAUCCUGGCCAACAUGCUCAACGCCACGAUGGCCAACUACACGGACAUUCUGUCCAGCUACGGGGGCAAGUUCACUGGGUACCAGAAAUACAUCCGCGAAGAGGUGCCCGACGCGCUGACGGCGUACAUGAACCCGGGGGGUGCGGGCAACGUCUUUUUCACCUGCACCUUCGGCCAGGGUGGCAUCAACACGUCAACUACCACUUGUCCUUUUGACGCGGAGCAAGUGUACAAUGGCUACGAUAUCUACUACGACCUGACCAACGCCACCGCCUUCUGGGCCAACCUGACGGCCACCACGGGGAUUCAGGAGAGUUGGGUGCAGUUCGGAGACAAGGAUGUCGGGUCAAGCUGCGGCGUGGGUUCCGGCAAGACCUGCCAGCCCGAUAGGGGGACGCUGAAGGGCUACCCGCUCCCUGCGGACCCCAUUAAUGUGACCAACCCCCAGACCAUCAUCCAGGACGCCCUUCCUGGCAUUCGGAACCUAACCCAGUCGAUCCUCCUGGCCCAGAUCCUGGAGGCAACGGGCGCCACCGGAGGCAGCAUGAGCAACAUCCUGCUCACCUUCUCGACCGUUGUCUUCACGCUGGCCCAGGCCGUGGCGAACAUGCGCGAGGUGGUCGAGGUGGCCGACGAGGCCUCGGCGGAGGAAAAGCGGGCGAUGAUCGAGGAGAUUAUCUUCGGGGUGCUGAUGGUGGUCCCCUUCCUUGGGGAGAUCCGGCUCAUCUCCGAGGGUCUGGAGCAGCUGGCCGAUAUGAUGUCGCUGAUCGGCGACGCCGGCGCGCUGGGUAGCACCAUCUACGGCGUCGUCACCGACCCGGACUCGGCCAUUCUGGAUGUGUUUGAGAUCGCCCUGAUGGGUGGGGUGCGCUCGCCCGAGGAGUUCGAAGAGGCGGCUAAUGCCCGCCGUGCGUUGACGGAGGAUGAGAUCCGUAGUCUGGGAGCGGACUGGAAGUCGUGGAAUGAUGACCUUGCCGAGGUAAGGUCGGUGUGCUAUUGAGGACCGUCUCCUCCCAUGUGCGUGCUAGCUUACCACCACCUUCAUGGUAUAUAUAUGCACUUAUUUUGAUACGACUGAGUUGUGAGAAACGUGCACCAGAUAACAACACAAGUAAGGAGGAGCGAAUGUCAUCAUCACCAUGCUUCCCAUGCUCCUCCUGCGCCAUCUACGCCACAACGAUCGGUUCCUGCUUCGAAAGCCCCAAACCUCUCCGCCGUCAGCCAAGUCCGGAAGAUCUAGAGACAUCGUUGCCGCAUUGUAUUCUGGCGUGCUGCUGCGCCGCCGCCAGCGGUGGUGGUACAGUAGGCACCUUGUUUUCGG